GGAAACCCGGCGAACUUCAAAGGAGCCCUCUAUUGUUUCGCUUUUGAGGUUGAAUAGUACCGUCACGUGACAAUGACCCUGCACAGAGUCAAAACAAUAUGGMGGACAUUAGCGAGUUAUUUCUCUUUGGAGAAGAUUUUGAUGCCGUUUUAGACAUUUUAGAAAACGAAGAAGAGCUUGAAGAACAAUUUACUGAAGCAGUUGAUAAUGUUCAAAAUGAAGAUGGUAUCGUUUGCGAUCUUUGCCAAAAGAAGUGCAAAAGCAAGGCUGGUUUAAAAAGGCACAGGACAGUUAAGCACAAGAAAGAACAAGAGGGAGAUCAAAAUCCCGAUUUCACUGUCGACGACUUCCAAUCACUAUAUGCAUGAAAGCAUGAAAAGAUCCUUGAGAGAAAAAUCUACCCGCAAAGCGUUAGAGACGAGCUGAGAUGCUAUACUUUCUCACAGAGGAAUAUAGAGACAGACUUUAUCAAAAUAAAGAGCAUGUAUGAAUGUUUGAUUAAGUCUGGAAAUGUAGAAAAAUUCUACUCGAAMUUUUAUUCAAGCAUAGUGUUGAAUUCAACGAAGACAUUUGAUGGCCUGUCUCGAAAUGCUGCAACAUUGCUGAGCACCAAAGUGGCUGACUGCAUGGUCGUCAAAAGCAAACAGAAAGCUGAACCAACUACUCCAGAACCUCYUAAUGAAUUGUGCGCRAAAGAAAAGUCUGGUUUGCAGUAUCUUGGAGGCUAUGUACUUCAUAAGCUAUAUAACAAGAUUCAUAGUAACAAGUCACCACAAAGUGAACAAAUAUCUUCAAUACUUAAGGCUGGUAAAGCAAUAGAGAAUCAUGAUGUUGAAAGUCAAAAACUUAUUUCAUCUUUAAGUCGAGGUGGACUUUGGGCCAUCACUAAGCAUGCACAAGCAAUUUUUGAAAGAAUAGAAUAUCAUUUUAGAAUUGUAACAUCUGGUAGUCCUCACAAUAUAAAUAUUUCUACAAUUCAAUCCARAUCAGUUUGUGAUCAGCACCUUGUAUCAGCUUAUAAUACAAUGUUAUUGGAUUCUGAACUAAUUGUUAAUAACUGUAACAGUAUUGCUAAAGAUGUUUUGCAUAGCAUUGUUCAUUUAUAUGUAACUGUUCGCUGUUUUUCAUUAGCGAAGGAUGUCAUUCAAAGACAUAAAAUUAAAUGUAAACAAAUGAAGGCAAAAGCACUGCGAAAAGAGAUAUAUAGAGCCAGUGCAGAACAUGAAAGUCAGGAAAGGCAGUCUUAGAGAUGCAAUGUCAAGUAAUUUAUUUCUAAAAUUCAAUGUCAUUAUAUUGUUACAGUUGAUAUAAAUAAAUACAAAAUAUUAUUUAAACUGCAUACUUCGUUUGUCUUUCUUGUGUAAAACAUGAUAAUCAACAAUGGUUUCUAUAACUAGAAUUAAAUAGCAAAUAUAUCAUGAAUCAAAACAAAUUGUGCAUCCUAUCAAUACACAAAA